CACACACACACACACACACGCUCAACAGGAGACAAUUACUUGGCAAACAAAUUCUCACAAUGCAUUUUGAAGUAGGAUUUGAGUUGUAACAGUACAGUAUGUGUACUUUCAACAGGCAUACAAGAGAGAGAUUUCAAUUUUCAUUCAUUUGGAGGAGUGUGGCCAACCAUUACCGUUGAGCUGGUGGUGAGAACACAUCCUGACAUAGGAGAGAGUCCAAGAGCAGAAGCACAUAGACACUGGGUAAGAGCUGGCAGGAGAGUGUGCGGCAAUGGAGACAGAACUGAGGAUUGUCAUCAUUGGGGCCCGCUGGUCUGGGAAGAGCUCAACAGGAAACACCAUCAUGGGGGGUCCAAGGUUCGAGUGUGGCAGAGACAGGACCCUGCAGUGUGAGGACAGGAGCGGCAUUGUAUCUGGACGCCACCUCACUGUGGUGGACGUGCCUGGCUGGAAUUAUUUCUCAAUCAUGGAAACCUCAGAGGCCUGCAAGCAGAACUUUAAACUCAGUCUCACCAAGUGUCUUCCUGGGCCUCAUGUUUUUCUACUGGUCAUUCCAUUGGACAUGGCCUUCAACAAAGAGCAGGGUCAGUAUGUGCAAGAGUACUUGAGUCUUCUGGGAAAUCAUGUGUGGAGACAUGUGGUGGUGGUCUUCACCUGUUGGGACUACCUGGGUAAGGAGACCACAAUUAAUGAUCAUAUUGAGAGCGAAGGGGAGGCUCUCAAGAAAGUUCUAGAGAAAUGCGGAAACAGGUUCCAGGUGUUUGACAACAAGAACAGCACCAACCCAGGUCAACUGCCAGAGCUACUCAGCAAGAUUGAGGAACUUGUGAAGAUGAAUGCUGGUGGGUUCUACAGGGCCGAUGAGAAGAUCCUGCAGGCCAUUACUGAGAAGAGGAAACUGGCAGCAGAGAGGGCAUCACAAAGGAAGAUGGAGAGCAAGAAACAAAGGGAGACACAAAGACAGCUUCUGGGAGAGUUUGAGAAAGAGCAACCAAUCGCAGAACUUAGGGUGGUUGUUUUAGGAAGUCGGAAUGUGGGAAAGAGCUCCACUCUGAACACAAUCUUUGGAGAGAAAGUCCAUGAGUCUGGGAAGAGAACAACCAGUUCAAUGAUGCACGCGGGCUAUAUGGACCAAACCCUGAUAAAGGUUGUGGACACUCCUGGCUGGUGGAGGAGCUUCAAUGUGAAGGACACCACAGAGCACCUUAAACAGGAAGUGAUGCGGAGUGUCUUCCUUUGCCGUCCAGGGCCCCAUGUGUUCCUGUUGGUCAUUGAUGCAGAUGCCUCCUUUACUGAAAAGCAACUUGAAGCAGUGGAGAGCCACCUUCAGUUACUAGGAGAUCUCUGGAGACAUGUGAUUGUGGUGUUUUCCAGAGGUGACUGUUUGAGGGAGGAAACCAUUGAGGAGCACAUCGAAGUGGAAGGAGCAGCGCUCACAGCCCUGGUCAACAAGUGUGGGAACCGCUACCACGUUCUACGCAACAGAAGCAUGGACGAUGGUACCCAAGUCAAAGAACUGCUUGAGAAGAUGAAGGAGCUUGUUGCUGUGAACCAUCAGGCCUUUUUUAGAUGCGAUGAGAAUGUGUUUAAGGUUAUCGAGGAGAAACAAAGUCUUGUGAGGAAGAACAGCAGGAAGAAAACUGAAGAAAUCCAGACACAGAGAGCAAAAGUGACCUGGACACCUCUGAGCGAGAUCCGUGUGGUUUUGCUAGGACAAAAGACGGUGGGAAAGACCGCUUCUGGAAACACAAUCCUUGGUCACGGUUGCCUGCCCACUUGUUUCAACACAAACACCAAUAGCGCCACAGCAGACGUCGCUGACAAGAAGAUUGUUGUGGUGGACACCCUCGGCUGGAGUCAAAAUAGAGAUAGUUGCACUAUAGAGGAGGAUAAAGAAAUUGUCCGAGGCCUCACUCUCUGCCCCCCCGGACCUCAUGCUUUUCUGCUCAUCCUGCCUGUAGACAUGGCUUUCACACGUCAACAGCAGAGGGCGCUAGAGAACCAUAUGAUCUUGUUUGGUGAGGACAUUUGGAAAUACACUGUGGUGGUAUUUACUUAUGGUGACCAGCUGGGGGACCAGACCAUAGAAGAGCAUAUCAUGAUGGAGGGCCGUGCUCUGCAGAGGCUGGUGGAGAGAUGUGGCAACAGAUAUCAUGUCCUCAACAACAAGAACAAGAGUGAAAGCAACCAGGUCCCCGAGCUGCUGGAGAAGAUCGAGGAGAUGGUGGCCAUUAACGAAGGCAAGCACUACAUCCCGAACAUGACAGAGAUCAACCAGAGGGUAGAGGAGAAAUUUGAGAAGCGGGAAAUUAGUGUGUGUCUAGAGGAGAAAUGGAAGACACGAGAAGCAGAGAUGAUUGUAGAGUUCAGAGAUUACCUGUCUGAACUGCUGACAGAUCUGAGAGGACAACAAGGACCUGGACUUCACACAUCUGACAUGAGCCUCCAACUCAAACCAGCAAAACAAGAUGGUUGGAAGAAACCCAGGACGGUAGUCUCACUUAUCAAGCAGAGCAAGAGGACCGAGCAGGUGGAGAAGAAGAUCUGUGAGAAAAUAAACAGCAUGGAGACAGACCUGAAGAAAGCUAAUGGCCCAGUUUUCAAGAGGAGGACCAGUAUUGAUUACCUAUGGCCAAGCAUGAGUGGAAGUAACAGGACAUUACCAGAACCCAGCCCGAGACCCAGACCCAAGGGCAAGUUUAAGGAGGUGCUGGCCUGGCUGUCCACGAUGAAGAUUGAAAGGGAAGAUCCGCCCACCCUCUACUCUCAGGCCUCAUCAGGCUACCGGUCCAACCUCUCAGAUAUAUUCUCAAUCAGGGAGGGCCAUGAUGCGCAAAAAAGCUGAGGGAGACUGUUAAAUGGCAUUUAUCCAUUGGCUACUAUUAUUGAAAGGCUGACAAUACAGUACAUUUUCCUGACAUGAAUGUAGAUUGAGUUUUAGUUACUUUAAUUAACUUUUUUUAUAUAAUGUAAAAACAGAUGACAUUCAUUUUAGGGUUAAUAUCAAUAACCAAUCAAUAUCUGUAUAAUAUACAGUAUAGGUUCGGUAGGUCGGGUGUGAAAUUCGCUUUUUGGCCAUUUUUGCCAAAUCACUUGAAAUCCUAUUCCUAACCCACUUACAGCUUCUGAGUUGGAAGCACUGACAUGGAAAUUAAACACAUCAAUCAUCUGUGGAAUGGGCAGGGCUCGAAAAACUCCAGCCAGUUAUAUAUUUGACCCUCUAUGUGAUGUGAGCGAUUGUAUGGAGACUAGAGGUCGUAUAGUGCUCUACAGAUGCCAGGGCUGGCUUUUCAUUUUAUACAGCCCAACCCUAACCCUACCCCUGUCAAGAGUGCCUAGCCUGGCUCACUCUCGCGCAUCUGAAUUUUCACGCGUGCAUGAAUGCGUGGCCAUGUUCUCUGAAUAUGGGAGUUAGGGUGAAAAGGGUAGGACUAUUUGAGUUCUGCCGGCCAUUUUGUGAAUCCCAUACCCAACCUUUAAGUAUGCAAAUGUACAUUAAAUGCUAUUUCCACCAAUAACUUACAGUACCUACCUCCUGGCUACCCUGGCACCAACCUAUUUACAGUGCCCCCUCCUCCCUCCCGUACUGUAGAUCAAUGCACCAUAUCAUUUAGUUACAGUAAUAUAUCAAUAACUAGUUUACAUACUGUAACAUCUGUGUAUAUAGAGUAUAUAGAAUAAUGUUUCUCAUUGGGCUUUCUCAAGGCCUUUACACUAAGACUGGGUGUUGAGUAGGCUAUCAUUGUUAUGUGCUGUAGGCUACUCAAGGUUUUUAGAUUUUACAGCGAUUCACAAUAGUCUGAUUUCUUCUACCACAAAAGCAGCAAAUAUUUGCUUCGGCAGCACUAUUGCUAUGUGCUUUUCAAUACAGUAGUCACGUUGAUAUGGACACUUCUAUAUUAGAAAUGGAAUAACGGCUCAGUUGGAAUACAAAUUGUCAUAUAAGCCUCAAUCCGAAAGAAAAUUCCUGAUCCAAUCAGAAUUUGAAUUGAAAUGAAAGAGGUGGUGUAGUCCGGUCCUAUUCCAAAUGGACACCCAUGUGUAUGGUCAUGAUUAUUAACUGCUGUAGGUCUAUCUUCUCAAGGAAAAGUAGGCAACAGCGGCUAUUCCGAUCAAAGAUUCUAAAGGCCAUCGCCCACCAGAAGCGUACGCGGCGCGCCGCGCCACGAAAAAAAAUAGAAUUCCAUUGUUUCCAAUGGAGCAUCGCCCACUGGAAACGUCGGCCGCGCAGCAGCCGCACAGAGAUAGAAAACUAUUCUAAAAUCCUGCGCGGCAAGCCCAGACCGCCGAACACCGCUGAACGCCGUUUCUGGUGGGCGUUGGGCUUAAAGCGAUUGAGAGCACCUGAUAGAAAUAGAAUGUAAACCAUGUUAAACAGAUGGCACAAAAUAUUAAAUCUGAAUAAUAAUCAGAAUGAGAAAAAAAACUGUCUGUGGCUAUAGUGCUAAAAUCUACUGGUAAUUUGUUUGAAAGCAGCUGUUACUCAAUAUCCUCUUGGAAAGUAAAAAUUAAUAGCCUGAUAAACCAGCCUAAAUGGAUUGGAUGUCUAAUUUAGUCUGGCCCCGAUGAAUGGAUACAACGGAACAUUGAUGAUGAGCACAACCCGUUGUCUUUCAAACCGUGUCUGUGCCUAUAGGCCAACGCUCCCUCAAAACCCCGCCCCAGAGCCCUCUGCCCCGCCCGCGUUGAUUCAAAACACAUCUCUGCGUUGUGAUUGGUUUAGUUUCCAUCUGCCAGAUUCAGGGCAGUGUUUUCAAAAUGUUCAAUGGUCCGAGGCCAGACCCAAAUGCAGGCAAAAUAUUUUGCCGUCCAGCAGUUGGCGCUGGUUUUCCAGGCUAAAAAAUUAAGUCUGUUUUAUCUGUUUUAUACCAACAUCUUGUUUUACUUGUUUUACUAAUUACGUUUUAAUUAAUUAUGUAUAUGCAAUGCACAUGCUUUGCUAUUUCUAUCAGUUAAUACGUCCAUCAUGCUUAUUUUUUUCUUCCUUUAUUCACUAUAGAUUGCAGUUAUGGAUAUUGUAGUUCUAUGAACAUACAGUAUCACAAUAAUAACAAAAACUAAAUGGGGAGCUGAGAUUUUGUUGUCCAGAUACAGUAGAAUUAACUAGAAUAUGCAGUACAAAUGCAUCUAGUAACUCUGAGACACUGGUUUAACUUCAUAUUCUUUCUAAUUUUUUUUUGUCUGAUAUGGGGAUGUAAUAGGUAUUUAAUUUUAUUCAUAGCCUAUUGAUCUUUACAAGGUAUAAAUGUAUGACUUUCAAAUGUAUGAAAAUCUAUGCCAAUAAAGUGAGCUGAGAAUUAUAAGGUUCUAUCUCCACUUUUGGUUAAAAUUGAGUUUUUGACAUAAUCUGAUCCAUUAGGUGUUUAUUACAGUAAUGCCUGUGUGGUAUAAUUUUGGUAAAACAUAUUUUUUUAGCUAGUUAUUAGUCAAAUAAAAAGGUACUACAUAACAUUUUUGCUAGCUAUGUAAAAACUUUGAUGCUCAAUAUCUCAGAACUACCCUAAACGGAGAUAGAACCUUAUAAUUCUAAGCUCAUUUUAUAGAAACACUCAUCCUUCUUGUUAAACCAUAAGCAGUUCUAAUAAAUUAUUUGUGCGUU